CGGGGGCGAGCGGCACUGCGGGCCGUGGGAGGAAGCGCUGCGCCCGGCCCGACGGCGCUCGUUGAGCCACAUCCGCGCGGGUCGCCGGCGACGUUGCCAGCGCCUGUCACGGCCCCUCCAUUUUGAAGGAAGAGGCCGCCGUUCCCCACCUCCGGGGCGGCAGCGGCGCUCAUGGCGUUCAGUCCCUGGCAGAUCCUGUCGCCCGUGCAGUGGGCCAAGUGGACGUGGUCCGCAGUGCGAGGCUCAGGCGCGGGAGAAGACGAAGCCGGAGGUCCCGAGGGCGACCCCGAGGAGGAAGAGGACUCGCAAGCCGAGACCAAAUCCCUGAGUUUCAGCUCGGAUUCUGAAGGUAAUUUUGAGACCCCGGAAGCUGAAACUCCAAUCAGUUCGCCUCUCAAGGAGUCUUGUGAUUCGUCACUAGGAUUGGCAGAACCCGAGGCCAAAACCCCAGAAUCACAAGACACCAAUGAACAGUUGGUAGCAGAAGUAAUUGGAAAAUGCACAUCUGAUACAUGUUCUAGAUCUUCUGAAGACAAAGGGCCACAGGGGACCACUGAUUCUCACUCAGCCAAGGAUGCCAGAGGAGGAGCCGAGCGUGAUGCUAGCAAGAUCUCAGUAGUAAGGCCAUUUUCAAUAGAAACCAGGAGUUCCCCAGAUGACCCAGUGGCUCUUGGAACAAAAGCAGCCCAUGGCUGUGUGCCUGUGCUCUCAGGCAAGGCUUCUACCACACCAGAAGCCAGUCAGGACAAGCCAGUGAUGGAAGGACCCAUGGGGGUUACGCUGGAGGCUCUCACAGAAGCUGGUCUGAAGACUGGAGGCCCCUGUCCAGAGUCGGUGGCCAGCAGAAGCAAGCUAAGAAGGCCCAAACCUGUCUCCCUGAGGAAGACGACAGCCGGGGCCGAUGCCUCUGAAACCGAAAUGAUCUUGGAGGGUUCUCCCCUCUCUAAAGCUUCCUCCCAGCCAAUUACUGAGCAAUUGGAUAAGAACACGCUUCCCAGUGUGCCGAGAGGUGCCAGGUCCCAGAAAUCUGCCCUGAGCCUUACAGGAGCCGUUGACGGCCUCAGCAAUGACACCAGUGACUCGGGGGCUGAGCUGCAGAAGGGCUCCAGGAGCUCUUUGCCUCUCAAACUUGAGGAUGAUUUUACAGAAGACGGGGAAAACGUAGAGGCCAGGAAUGCCCUUCCAAGGCAGCCUGGCAGGAAACAUAGUAACAGCAUGGCACCCAACACACGAAAAGAUGGCGCCAGUAAGCCAGUAGGUGUCGAACAACAUGCAGACUCAGCAGCUCAAGAGGCCUCUUUCCCCCAAACAUGUCCUAAGCAAGAUCCGAGUAAAUGGGGCCACCCCAACUUUAAUUCCCCUGGGAGCUGCUCCAUUCUGCAGAACUCUCCACCCCUCUCCUCCAAAGGCUCCUACCAUUUUGACCCAGAUACGUUUGACGAAUGCAUGGAUACUUUUAAACCAACCUCAGCGCUGACAAGCAGCACCUUGUGUUCUACCACUGGUAAUCAUGCUAAUGAAUUCUUAGACUCACCCAAGAAGGCAAAGUCGCGUUUAAUAACGACUACUGAGCAAGUGAAAUUUCUCUGUUUUCUGUUGAGUGGCUGCAAGGUGAAGAAAUACGAAACACAAUCUCUGGAUUUGGAUGCAUGCUCUCAGGAUGAAGGCCCCGUGAUCUCGCAGGUCUCUGACAUCCCUAAUAGGGACGGCCACGCUACUGAUGAGGAGAAACUGGCGUCCACAUCACGUGAUCAGAAAUCGGCUGGGGCAGAGGUGAAAGGCAUCGAGAAGGAAACAUGCCAGAAAACGGAGAAAGAGGAGUUGGCUGUGCAUGGUCUGCUGGAAUCCUCUUCAGAAAAGGCCCCCGUGUCCGUGGCCUGUGGGGGUGAGAGCCCCCUGGAUGGAAUCUGCCUCAGUGAAGCAGACAAGACGGCCGUGCUCACGUUGAUCAGAGAAGAGAUAAUCACUAAGGAGAUUGAAGCCAAUGAAUGGAAGAAAAAAUACGAAGAGACCCGAGAAGAAGUCUUGGAGAUGAGGAAAAUUGUGGCUGAAUAUGAGAAGACCAUUGCCCAAAUGAUUGAAGACGAGCAGAGGACAAGCAUGACAUCACAGAAGAGUUUCCAGCAGCUGACUAUGGAGAAGGAGCAGGCGCUGGCCGACCUCAACUCUGUGGAAAGGUCCCUUUCUGAUCUCUUUAGGAGAUACGAAAACCUGAAAGGCGUGCUAGAAGGAUUCAAAAAGAAUGAAGACGCCUUGAAGAAGUGUGCUCAGGAUUACUUGGCCAGAGUUAAGCAAGAAGAACAGCGAUACCAGGCCCUGAAGAUUCACGCAGAGGAAAAGCUGGACAGAGCCAACGAAGAGAUUGCUCAAGUUCGCGCAAAGGCAAAGGCUGAGAGCACAGCUCUCCAUGCUGGGCUCCGGAAAGAGCAGAUGAAGGUGGAGUCCCUGGAAAGGGCCCUUCAGCAGAAGAAUCAAGAAAUUGAAGAACUUACAAAAAUCUGCGAUGAGCUGAUCGCAAAGCUCGGGAAGACCGACUGAGAUUCCUCCCGUAAGCUGCGCCGACCCAGCCCGGCUGCUUCUGUCGUGACCUAUCUUGCCUUAUCCAGAAGUUAUCCCUCCUUUGCAGAGAAAGUAACAACGGUCUCCAAAGCACACGCCUGCUGCCGCCUACCCCGUCCCGCAUCCUGUCACAGCGGC